GAAGGCGGCUUCGCUGAGGUAAAAAAGCCGCGGCUGAGGAGGGGAGAAGGCGGCCGCUUUCCCUCCCUCACGCCGGCUGGGAGCUAGGCGGACGCGGAAGAGACCCUGAGGAGCAGCUGAGAUCGGGCGGGCAUGGCUCAGGCUGAAAGAAGUCGAGAAGAUCUACAACAGCCAAUGGAAGAAGCUCUUAGCUCGGACAUCAGCUAUUUAAGUUGAAUGCAUUGUGAUUUCCAGUAAUUGAGACAGUGAUUCUGAAAGCUGUCCACAUUAAUGAAAAGAGCAAUGUAGUCAGCUUAACUGAAUCAUCAGUGUUGCCUUUUGACUAAAGCACGACCAAUCCUCUCUGGAGAGACUUCUGCAUGUGAGGAUCAUAGAUUCCUACAACCCUUUCGUUUAAAACUUGAUGGGUUUAUUUUAUUUCCCCCCUUCCCCUUUGGGUAAGUUUUAGCAAUGGAGAAUUGUGAAAACACACCUCCCCUUCCAAAAGAGCCAGCCAGCAAUGAAAUGAACAUGGAGAACCCUUCUUGUCCCCCACCACUGCCACCCAACGAACAGCCUCCACCACCUCCCCUGCAAACGUCCAGUGACGCAGAGGUAAUGGACGUUAGCUUCGGUGGUGAUGGACAGUCAGAUACCCCUGCUGGGGACGCCCACGCUGGCAAUGGGAUUCAGCUUCUCACCAAGGGAUCUCCGUGCUACCAAAGUCAUCUUAUCAUAGAUCCUCAUAGCAACCAAAGCCCAAGAACUGCUCGCCAUGCACCCUCGGUUAGGAAGUUCAUUCCCGAUCUUAAGUUGCUUAAGGAUGUAAAGAUUAGCGUUAACUUUACAGAGAGCUGCAGAAGUAAAGACAGAAAAGUGCUAUACACUGGAGCUGAGCCAGAUUAUGAGGCAGGGGCAGAUGUAGGGAUUCGCGGUGUCAAUGGGGAUGUGCAUGCUUGCCCUCUUGGUGGUAGUAGUGGCGGCCCGGCAGCUCAGGUAGCCGGCAAAAAGGAGGAGACCAAGGAUGAGGACAACGAGGUAGAUCAGGAAAAGCGAGUGGAAUAUGCAGUGUUGGAUGAUUUAGAAGAGUUUACAGACAAUUUGAUGGAAAUAGAUGAAGAAGGAGGGUUUGCAUCUAAGGCGAUCGUUCAGCAGGACAAAGUGGACGAAGAAACCUUGCACUAUUCUUACGAGGAUGAAUUUGAUAAUGAUGUGGACGCUUUGCUGGAAGAGGGACUUUGCGUUCCCAAAAAAAGGAGGAUGGACGAGAAAUAUGGAGGGGAAAGCGACCAUCAGUCCGAUGGAGAAACCACUGUGCAGCCCAUGAUGACCAAAAUAAAAACUGUUCUUAAAAGUCGUGGUCGCCCUCCUACAGAACCGUUGCCUGAUGGAUGGAUCAUGACAUUCCACAACUCGGGCAUCCCAGUGUACCUACACAGAGAGUCUCGUGUGGUCACCUGGUCCAGACCUUAUUUCUUGGGAACAGGAAGCAUCCGAAAACAUGACCCUCCUCUGAGUAGCAUUCCUUGUUUGCAUUACAAAAAAAUGAGAGAAAACGAGGAAAGGGAACAAAGCAAUGACAUCACCCCAAACGGGGAAGUUUCACCCGUAAAGCUGAUGGACAAAUCCCUUGAACUGGAUUGUCAAACAGAGGAGCCGGACUCUACUGCAGCCGAUUCCGGAACGUUGGAUGAGAAAGAUCCAUCUGGGGGAGAUGCAGCCCAAGGAGCUUUGGGACAAGUGAAGGCCAAAGUUGAAGUGUGUAAAGAUGAAUCAGUAGAUAUUGAGGAUUUCCGACACUACCUGGAGAAAUGCUUCGAUUUUGAGCAAGUCACGGUGAAGAAGUUCCGAACGUGGGCGGAGAGGCGGCAGUUCAACCGGGAGAUGAAGAGGAAGCAAGCGGAGUCAGAGAGGCCCAUUUUGCCAGCCAAUCAGAAACUCAUUACAUUGUCUGUCCAAGAUGCGCCCACAAAGAAAGAGUUUGUUAUUAAUCCCAAUGGGAAGUCUGAAGUUUGUAUCCUUCAUGAAUAUAUGCAACGAGUGCUGAAAGUACGGCCUGUUUACAAUUUCUUUGAAUGUGAGAACCCAAGUGAGCCUUUUGGAGCAUCAGUUAUUAUUGAUGGAGUGACUUAUGGGGCAGGGACUGCCAGUAGCAAAAAACUUGCCAAGAAUAAAGCUGCACGAGCUACUCUGGAAAUCCUCAUCCCUGAUUUUGUGAAGCAAACCUCUGAGGAGAAGCCCAAAGAUAGUGAGGAAUUAGAGUAUUUUAACCAUAUCAGUAUCGAGGAUUCGCGGGUAUACGAACUGACCAGUAAAGCUGGACUCCUGUCUCCGUAUCAGAUUCUUCAUGAGUGCCUUAAAAGAAAUCAUGGCAUGGGUGAUACAUCCAUAAAAUUUGAAGUGAUUCCUGGCAAAAAUCAGAAGAGUGAAUAUGUUAUGACUUGUGGGAAGCAUACUGUGCGGGGGUGGUGUAAGAACAAAAGAGUUGGAAAACAACUGGCUUCCCAGAAAAUCCUUCAGCUGCUUCACCCACAUGUGAAAAACUGGGGGUCUUUAUUGCGUAUGUACGGCAGAGAAAGCAGUAAGAUGGUUAAGCAGGAAACAUCUGACAAAAGCGUGAUAGAGCUUCAGCAGUAUGCCAAAAAGAACAAGCCUAAUCUGCACAUUCUAAACAAGUUACAAGAGGAAAUGAGAAAAUUGGCACAAGAAAGGGAGGAAACACGAAAGAAACCCAAGAUGACAAUUGUAGAAUCUGCUCAGCCCGGCAGUGAGCCUCUUUGUACUGUGGAUGUGUAAUGAGAAAAAUUUAGGAAUUGGAGCAAUAAAGCAAGUGGCGAAAGUUA